GGACAUCAAACUAAUAUUGAGACCUGAUUCGUGUACAUCAAUGGCAGAAUCCUCCAGUGAUUCAGACCACUUCCGCUCUCGUGACCGAUUGAGUCGAUGGGCUGCCCGGUCAAUACACAGGGAAAUUCGAAGUCGUCCUACAGUAGAUGUCACUGAGAAGGUCAACACUAUAACGAGUACUUUACAGGACACCAGUCGGAACCUGCGACAAGUAGACCAGAUGCUUGGACGGUAUCGAGAAUAUAGUAAUGGGCAGGCGGGUGCUAUAGAACACUUAAAAGAAAGCUUGGAACAAUCAAUAGGCCAACUGAGGAGUCAACGUUUAUUGAGAAACUCAGGAGGGAGAAGUGUUUCUGUUACAAGUCUGAGUGCAAGUGACCUUGAUGGUACCACUGUGACAGAAAGCCAUCGUUAUCCACCUACCUCACCUCUCAAGGACUAUGAGGAUCAACAGGGAAGUAAACGAAUUAGAUCCAGAGCUGGUGUCCGAUUUCUUCGGGAGACUGAGGACAUGGGCCAGCUUCAUGCUUUUCAUCAGUCCCUCCGAGACCUCAGCAGUGAACAGGUUCGCCUUGGAGAUGAUUUUAACCGGGAACUUGCCAGAAGAAGCCGGUCGGAUGCCCAAACAAAGAGAGCGUUGGAAAAACUGACUGAAAAACUUAGUGAAACCCAAAAACAAGAAUCGGCUUCAGAUCGGGUGGAGCGACGGCUUCAGGAAAUAGAAAGAGAGAUGCGCACAGAAAGAGAGCUGGUGGAAAGACGCCAGGAUCAACUGGGACUUAUUUCUUUGCAGCUGCAAGAGGCAUUGAAGAAACAAGAAGCUAAAGCAGAUGAAAAUGAUGGAGAAAUGAAAAAUAAGCUAAGACAAACUGAAACUGAGAAGAGCCAACUUGAACAGGAGUUGGAGCUAUCUCGAAGGUUAUUAAAUCAGUCAGAAGGCAGCAGAGAAACACUUUUGCGUCAGGUAGAAGAACUCCGUACACAACUUAUGAAAGCGGAAGGCGAUCGAAAAGGUUUACAACAUCAAGUAUCUCAGAUUUCCAAGCCACAGUCACACCAUCAGGAUGAACAAGGAAAAGACUGGAGGUUUAGGAGAGGGCUUGAGUGGGAAAAAGAGGAUCUGGAGAAGCAGAUGUCAGAUCUGAGAGGACAGCUAAGCGUCAGUGCGGUGGCAUCUGAGCUGGAGGAAGUGAAGCGGUGCAUGGAGCGAAAAGACAAGGAGAAAGCACAUUUGGCAGCACAAGUAGAGAAUUUAACACGUGAAUUGGAGAACAAGGAAAAACAGCAACUAAAGAUGUUGGAUCAACUUAAGGAGAUCCAGAAUCACUUUGAGACAUGUGAGGCCAGGCAUAAGCAUGCUGACCUCCAGAUCUCAGAGCUGACUCAGCACGCUGAGGAUGCAACCAAGCAGGCUGAGCAGUACCUCCUCGAGUUCCAGCAGUCAGAGACCCUGAGACAGGAGGCAGAGAAGAGGAGAGAAGAGCUGAAACUGAAAGCUCAGGACUCCAUUAGGCAAUGGAAGCUGAAGCAUAAGAAGUUAGAGCGAGCAUUGGAGAAACAAACUGACACUCUUGAUCAACUGACAGACAAGAAUAAUCAGAUUCUAAAAGAAAAGGAUGAAUUAAAGAGCCAGCUUUAUGCAGCGUUGCAACAAAUAGAGAACCUUCGGAAGGAAUUGAAUGACGUCAUCACAAAGCGUGCCCUUCAAGAGGAGGAGCUUCACUGUAAGGAGCAGAAACUAAGUGAGGUUCAGGCUCAUCAAACUGACCUUGAACUAGAAAUCAAGGAUUCCCUGGACACCAUUCGUAGGCUAGAAAGUGAAUUGAAAAAGCAGAAUAAGAUUCAAAGCCAGAUGAAAGUUGAGAAAACUCACCUGGAGGAAGAAAUUGCAGAGCUACAGAAAAGCCAGGCCAAGGACAAAGCUCAACUUCUUGAGAUGCAAGAGGCCAUCAAGGACUUGAGUGCCAUCCGGGCAGAUCUCGCUAAUAAAUUGGCUGAGGAACAGAGAGCCAGGAAGGAGGUGCUUAAAAACCUUUCUGACCUCAAGACGCAGGCAGAAUCCAGAGAUGAAGAAACAGCUACAAUCAUUACACAGUUAAAGCUGGAACGGGAUGUUCACCGGAGGGAGCUGGACGAUCUCACAUCAUCGUUGCAGAGUGUGAAAACUAAACACGAACAAAAUAUCCAGGAGCUGAUGAAGCACUUCAAGAAAGAAAAGAGUGAGGCUGAGAAUCAUAUUAAGACACUGAAGGCAGAAAGCUUAGAAGAUAAGAAUAUGGCUAAAGUCCAUCUUUGUCAGCUCGAGAAGUUGAAAUCACAGUGUGACAGGCUGACAGAGGAAUUAACUCAGAAUGAAAAUGAGAACAAAAAACUGAAGCUGAAAUAUGAGAAUUUGAAGGACCAACUAGAAGAAAAGGAGAAACAUAUAAGCGAUGAAGAAGAGCACUUAAGGAGGAUGGAAGAGGCCAGAUUGCAGCUCAAGGAUCAACUUCUUUGUCUGGAGACUGAACAGGAAUCCAUUCUUGGUGUGAUAGGAAAGCAAAUUGAUGCAGCUUGUAAAACCUUCUCCAGGGACUCGAUGGAGAAAUUGAAAGUUUUUUCAUCUGUUCCUGAUAUUAAUUAUGACCCACAUCGCUGGUUAGCAGAAAGCAAGACUAAACUUCAAUGGCUCUGUGAGGAACUGAAAGACAGAGAAAACAGAGAAAAAAGUCUGCGGCACCAGCUAAUGAUGUGCAGACAACAGCUCAGGAAUAUGACUGAAAACAAGGAAUCCGAGCUCCAGUGCCUCUUUGAACAGAUAGAAAGGCAAGAGCAGCUUCUGGAAGAAAUACAUCGGGAGAAGAGAGAUCUGCUGGAGGAGACCCAGAGAAAAGAUGAAGAAAUGGAAUCUCUGCAGACCACUGUGGCAAAUGGAGUAAAAAGAAAAUGUCAGAACUUUAAAGCCCAAGUUGGAAUUUGCUGCCUUUUAGAAGUGUCUGAGAGCGUUCAUAAUCUCCUAAAGCAGGAAGCCAACUCAGCCUUCAUGCUGCUCUUGAAAGGAACAUUUAUUCCUUGGUAUAGCUUAUGAGGAGCUGUAACAUUAAGAAAUGAAAGCAACAUCUUUGCAAAGUCAUUUACCCCCAAACAGGGCUGAUGAAUGAGGAUGAAUUCAUGGAAUCUACAUGUUCAAGUGAAAGUCAAAAGUAUUCUGACUCCACGAAUGUCAUCUACCAAUGACCAACCAAGAAUAUUAACACAUACAUCGAACUUAAGAUUUACCUUGUAUGCCUCUCAGUUCACUAUGGAUUUAUACACAUUUCUUGGAUUGGAAAAUUGUGCUUGAAAAUUUGUUCUAGAAUUUUAAUUGACAUUUCCAUGGUACAAGCAGUUGAUGUUAACUUGGCAUCUGACAGAAGUUCUCUUUCUUUUACGUUGGGCUGACUUGUACACACGAUAACUCAGUGCCUAUCUUUAUUAGGGGAAACAUAAUCAGUUAUACUCACAUGACAGAACCAAUUCAGUUAAUGUCACAAUAUGGAUUAAGAACAGUAAAUACAUUUAGUGUUCUUCUUGGGCCUGGAGAUGCAAGGUGAGGCUAGAGAGUGAUAGAAUGAGCUGGCUUGAGUGCUUUAGGGCUACAGAUAGUUGCUUUUGGCAAAUGAAGGAUGGGUUAUGCAAAGCCCAAAGAGCAAGGGAAAUGCUCUGUAACUGGGGAUUCUUCUAUCUGAUACUAUAUCUGAUAAGAGAAAAUUGUGUAAUUUAUCUGAAAAUGGUCAAGAGAAGUUGAGUUCUGUAUAUCUAUCAAAAAUGGCACGUGUUAGCCACGGUUUUGUACAGAUUAAAUUCUUUAGUAUAUUGAGCUAUAUACAGGUAUAAUAAGAAAGAGCCCUGGUUGGUCCCAUCUGGGACUAGGAAAAAUCUCAUUGUGCAUGCUCACCCUGCAUAUCUCUGAGAAAUUAUUGUCAGUAUUGCUUGUUGUUAUAUAUAUUUAAAAAAGCAAAGAUUCUGUGGGUAUAUUGAGAAGGUAAUAAGCAUUUUCGAGGCAUUUUGGUCAUGCCUUGUGUUUGCCAUCGACCCUAGAAUAUCAUGUAUAAACAUCUUUAUUGAGUACGUAGUAUAUAGUUGGUCUUUUGAAAUGACAGCACAAACCUUUUUAAGUUUAUUUCUCUCACCAUAUGAAUAUUGGAACCAGUAAUCCUGUUAAAUUUAAUAGCCUAUGUUGCUUCUCAAAUAUUUAUUAAAUACUGGCAGCAUUUUCUACUGAAAUGUCCAUUGAAUGCAAUAGAAUGCGCCAGCUAGUUAACUAUGUGCAUUUAUAAAUAUAAGGUAUCUAAUAUGAUAUCCCUCUUAGUAGUGGCACUUAGUAGUGGCAACUAGUGCCUAAUACUAAUACUCUGUUAAGAACAAAGAAGGAAUUGACACCUCUCAGAGUGCACAAGAGUGCAGAGACACAUCAUAGAAAGCCUUUCAUUUUAAAGACUACAAGAAAAUAUAUCAAAAAGUGCCUACAUUCCUGAGUUUCCAUAUUGAAAUAUAAAUAUCACAGAUGAUAGUUUGGAGAAGACUAUUAAAGUAUGUAGGUUGAAGUCCUACAAUCACACAAGAACUUUGGGGAGAAAAAGUCAAAGUAGUUUUUAAAAAAAUGAUAGCACUGAGGAAUGGAGAUUGACAACUUUGACUUUUAAGUUCUCUCUCUCUGCUUCCGAUUCACUGGGUAACCUUGAGUAACUCAAUUAACUUUGCCGUGCCUAUUUUCUCAUCUGUAAUAUAAAAUCAUAAAACUGUCUUCCAGAAUUUUUUAGUGUAGAUUCAGUUAUCCCAGAAGGGAGAGCUAAAUAUUUAAUUCCAAUUUACAGUGUUAGCAAAACCCCAUGUCUCCAACUUAGAGUCAAUUUUAUUUACUCAUUAUCAUCAUAUAAUUUUGUAUAACAGACAUUCUGCACUUAAUGUUAUCUUCCUUAAGGGUAAUAGGAGUUCAUUUAUCUCUAAACCUUUCCCAGUCUUCUAUAACUAAAAGGUGCUCCAUUUACUCAUUGAACAAAUAUUUAUCGAGCACCAAUUCGGUGCCUGACACUGUACUAGGUGCUGGGGAUACAAAGACAAGCUGCUUUUAUCGGAUAGCUUCUUGACCUCUACACCAGAAUUAGUGGAAAAGAAUGUUAGAUAGAUGUUUAUAAUAAAAUAUUUUUAAAAUGCUACUAGAGGGAUUGUGUAAGUCACUGUGGGAUCAUAUACACUUGCUUUCGUUUGGUGGAGAUAAUAGUAGGUUGAGUAUAAGUGUAGGGGGUUUGAAGGUAGGAAGGGCAAGCCUGGGGUAGAGUGAUAAUCCAAGUAGACUUCCCAAAGGAAGCCAAUAUUUAAAUGAUAACCAAGAGGCAGAAUUGGUAAGUUUGGAGUGAAUUUAAGAACAUAUUUAGGCAAUGUGAAGGAUAUGAGAAGGCCUAGGGUAAAAGAGAGCGUCCGUAUCGUGUUUAAGGAAUCAAAAGAAAUUUUGUACGGUGGAAAGUAGUGACUGAGAGAGGAGAGGCAAGACAAAAGUUUGAAGGUAAACAGAGGUCUAAAGGACCUCCUGAAGGAGUUAGGAUUUUACCUUUUGCAUCUGGGAAAAUAGCAAAAGGUAUGAAACAGGAGAAGCUAUGAUCAAAUUUGCAACACAUAUAUUGCAAAUAUAUAUAUUGGGGCAGGCAAGAUUGAAAUCAGGGAGACCGGUUAAGCAGAUAUUUGUGAGAAUGUUGGCCAGAGAUGAAUGUUAGACUGGAAAGUAGCAGAGAGCAUGAAGAGGGGUGGGUGGUUUCUUAAUAUAUCUUAGGAUAUAAAAAUCCAUGGAAUUUUGAGAUUGGUUGUUAGUAAAAAAGAAAGCAUUAAGAAUGAUUCUUGACCAUCUUGAUUGGGCAACUUCAUGGAUGGUGGUGUUAGUUAAUGAAGUAAAGGGAAUUUGAUUAGUUCAAUUUAAGAUAUUUUGAAUUUGGGUGUCUUGAAACAUCCAGGUGGCAGUGUCAAGAGUGGAGUGAGUCCUGUAUGAUCUCAGAAUGAGUUUGAAUUGGACAUUGAGAAUUCGCUGUCAUCAGAUCUUGUCUCCAUAUCAUAUAGAUGAUACUAAAAGUUGUAGGAGCAAUGAGAACUCUCAGGGGAAUAUGCAGAGUAAAGAGAUGAAACUUAAGCCAGGGAACUUUAGAGAACACCAUUACUUAAAUAGCAGGCCAGGGAUGAAAAUCCUGCAAAGGAGUCUGAAAUGUAAAGAAAACUUCCGGAGAGCAUGGUGCCAUGAAGCUUAGCCAAGAAUAUUUCAAGAGGAAAGUAAUCAAUAAAACUGCAUAAAUAUUUGUUAAAUUCUUGAAUUCACUUAGCUAAGGAGUUUAGGUUUUAAAAUAAAAAUUUACCAUACUAAGAAUUGCAAUUUCCUGUCAUAUCUAUGAAGCAACUCCAAGGGCUUUCACUUUCCCAAAUAACCAUUACUUAGCAGAGCACUUCACCGUAGUAGGUAGUCAUCAGUCAGUUUCUAUUGACUAAAUAAAUAAAUGCCUUCAUACAUGUCUCCAUUUUUAUAGCACCUGGUACUGGUUCUCCCUAAGGUCUGACCAUUAGAAAUAACAACCAUCUCUGACCUAGAGUCUGUUUUUUGUUUAAAAAAUUGGGGGGCAUGAUAGAACUUCCAAGUUCUGUCAUUCCUGUGCGCACACACACUUACACUUUCCCUCUUUUUCUCUAUCCUGCUCUAUUCUCCCUUUCUCUUUUAAGAGGCCAAGAAGUUAGUAAUUUGGCAGGAGUGGUAGGAACCAAUGGGAAUGGAAAAGGACAAAAUGGUGAGGGGGCAGGCAGCAGAGAGCAGAGUGUUUUCAGUCUUAGGAGGAGUCGAUAAACAGUGGAAACAAACACAUCUGACAGUGAGUUUUACAAUGCAGCUGGUAAU